AUGGGUUCUUCUGAAGAUAAAGUAUUAUUUUCAAAAUCUUUUACAGCACCAUGCGAGAGAGUCGCUGGAAUGGACAAACCACAAUUACUUCCUGCUAGUUAUCUACAGCAACCUGCUGACUCACCAUCAUCAGAUAAUCCUGAGAACUUAAGACCAACUUCAUCAACUCCUUAUAAUAUUCCUAAUGUACCAAGUGAGGGAGUUAACAUUACAGUCCGCCUGUCACCAGAUGGUAAUCCUGUUCCUCUUAGUGAUGUUGAAGCUAUUAAUACUGAUAAUGUUAAGUCAAUAAAAGUGUUUGUAUAUGAUGAUACUCAAAAGGAUUAUGUACCAAUAGAAGAAGUAACUGGCUCUGUAAACAUUAACAAAGAAAGUAUUACUGAUAAUCCAGACAAUCCAGUUGAAAUUAAAUUGAAAAUCCAUGCCUGUUUUGAAGAAACACAAGGACCAUCUGAAACAUCAGCAACAGAAGAACCACAACCAACACCACCAUUAGUACCUACAACAUCUGGAACAUCAGAAUGUACUGAAACAGAUGGUAUGAAAGAUGCACAAAUAAUACCUGAUUCAAGUAUCACUUCACCUACAUCACCUAGUGUUGACGUAACUCAAAUUAGAGAUGGUGGUGCAUCUUUCCCUGCUGGACAGAUCCCAGAAAUUGUAAUAAAUCUGACACCAACAUCUAACAGUGAAGUUGAAAUUGGAAGUGUAACUGUUCCUGUAACAAAUGUUGCUUCAAUUACUGUUACACCAAUUGCUUCUGAUGAUACUGAAAAGACUGGUGAUAGCGUAACUGAAACUGUUGUUGGAAAUAUAGCUAGUGUUAUUUUCCCUAAUGAUGUUCGAGGUGAUAAGGUUAAAAUUACAUUAACUCCAGUAGGUAAUAAUUUACCAGUUACCACUACUGGUGCAUUAGAAGUUAAAGCCUGUUUUGUAGAAACUACUGGACCUGGUGUUUCAACUACUGUUGGCACUACAGUUGGUCCUGGAACUACAUCAACACCAUGUACCAAGGUCGCUGGAAUGGAAAACCCACAAUUACUUCCUGCUAGUUAUCUACAGCAACCAGCUGACUCCCCAUCAUCAGAUAAUCCUGAGAACUUAAGACCAACUUCAUCAACUCCUUAUAAGAUUCCUAAUGUACCAAGUGAGGGAGUUAACAUUACAGUCCGCCUGUCACCAGAUGAUAAUCCAGUUCCUCUUAGUGAUGUUGAAGCUAUUAAUACUGAUAAUGUUAAGUCAAUAAAAGUGUUUGUAUAUGAUGAUACUCAAAAGGAUUAUACAUUAACAAAGAAAGUAUUACCUGAUGGAGUUGAUACAUCCAAAAUCAAAAUUCUUGUUAUACCUGAUAAUCCAGACAAUCCAGUUGAAAUUAAAUUGAAAAUCCAUGCCUGUUUUGAAGGUAUCUGUACUGAUGAAGAAGGUAUGAGUGAUCCAGCUUAUAUUCCUACAAGAAGCAUUACUUCUGCUGGUGUAAGUGAUGUAGAAGAUCUUAGACCCGGAGAUAACCCUGCUACAUACAAUGCUGGAACUGCACCAGAAUUUGUAAUAGAUUUGCUUGCUGAUUCUGAAGAUGAUGUUGAAGUGAAAUCAGUCACAUUACUUGAUGCUGAAAAUGUUAAGAGUAUAGCUGUAUAUAUUGAUGACAGUUUAAGUGAAGCACCUCAAACUGGUGAUUCUGAUCCCAGUGGAAGUCCACCAAAGGUUACUUUCCCAGCUGGAACAAGAGCUAAAUCUAUAAGGGUGGUUGUAACUCAAACAGAUGAUGGUGUUGAAACUAAAUUUAAUGUUGAUAUCAGAGCUUGUUUUGAAGUAACUGCUGCACCAGUAGCUACUGGUCAACCAGUUGAAACAACUGUGACUGCUGAAGUUUGUGAAGAAAUUAAUGGUAUGCAAGAACCUGCCUACAUUCCUGAUUCAUAUCUUGAUGGUUUAAAUAAUGCACAAAAAUCUACUCUAAGAAGUCCUACUGGUCUUGUCUCAUUAGCUAACAAUAAUGGUCCUAUUACUAUUACCUUGGCAAAAACAGAUAUCAGUCUAGGAUUUGUGGAAUACAAGAAUACCCAGAACCUUAAGAGAGUGGAAAUAGAAUUGAUUUCUGUUAAUGGAGAUGUAACCCCUGUAACUGAUAAACCUGCUCUCAAUGCUCCAGGAGAUCAGAGAAUAGACUUCAGACCUGAUGAAAAGGCUCAAAAGAUAAAGAUAAUAUUUUAUCCUAGUAAUGUGUCUGAAGCUGUUGAAUUUAGUUUAGAUGUACGAGCUUGUUUUGAAGGAACAGUUAGUCCAACCACAACAGGGCCUGGUGUUUCAACAACUGCUGCUACAGCACCAUGUACUAAGGUCGCUGGAAUGGAAAACCCACAAUUACUUCCUGCUAGUUAUCUACAGCAACCAGCUGACUCCCCAUCAUCAGAUAAUCCUGAGAACUUAAGACCAACUUCAUCAACUCCUUAUAAGAUUCCUAAUGUACCAAGUGAGGGAGUUAACAUUACAGUCCGCCUGUCACCAGAUGGUAAUCCAGUUCCUCUUAGUGAUGUUGAAGCUAUUAAUACUGAUAAUGUUAAGUCAAUAAAAGUGUUUGUAUAUGAUGAUACUCAAAAGGAUUAUGUACCAAUAGAAGAAGUAACUGGCUCUACAUUAACAAAGAAAGUAUUACCUGAUGGAGUUGAUACAUCCAAAAUCAAAAUUCUUGUUAUACCUGAUAAUCCAGACAAUCCAGUUGAAAUUAAAUUGAAAAUCCAUGCCUGUUUUGAAGAAACUGUUGGCACAACACAAGGACCAUCUGAAACAUCAGCAACAGAAGGACAACCAGGAACAUCACCAUUAUUACCUACAACACCUGGACCUUCUGAAGUUUGUGAAGAAAUUAAUGGUAUGCAAGAACCUGCCUACAUUCCUGAUUCAUAUCUUGAUGGUUUAAAUAAUGCACAAAAAUCUACUCUAAGAAGUCCUACUGGUCUUGUCUCAUUAGCUAACAAUAAUGGUCCUAUUACUAUUACCUUGGCAGCCACAGAUAUCAGUCUAGGAUUUGUGGAAUACAAGAAUACCCAGAACCUUAAGAGAGUGGAAAUAGAAUUGAUUUCUGUUAAUGGAGAUGUAACCCCUGUAACUGAUAAACCUGCUCUCAAUGCUCCAGGAGAUCAGAGAAUAGACUUCAGACCUGAUGAAAAGGCUCAAAAGAUAAAGAUAAUAUUUUAUCCUAGUAAUGUGUCUGAAGCUGUUGAAUUUAGUUUAGAUGUACGAGCUUGUUUUGAAGGAACAGUUAGUCCAACCACAACAGGGCCUGGUGUUUCAACAACUGCUGCUACAGCACCAUGUACUAAGGUCGCUGGAAUGGAAAACCCACAAUUACUUCCUGCUAGUUAUCUACAGCAACCAGCUGACUCCCCAUCAUCAGAUAAUCCUGAGAACUUAAGACCAACUUCACCAAGUCCUUAUAAGAUUCCUAAUGUACCAAGUGAGGGAGUUAACAUUACAGUCCGCCUGUCACCAGAUGGUAAUCCAGUUCCUCUUAGUGAUGUUGAAGCUAUUAAUACUGAUAAUGUUAAGUCAAUAAAAGUGUUUGUAUAUGAUGAUACUCAAAAGGAUUAUGUACCAAUAGAAGAAGUAACUGGCUCUACAUUAACAAAGAAAGUAUUACCUGAUGGAGUUGAUACAUCCAAAAUCAAAAUACUUGUUAUACCUGAUAAUCCAGACAAUCCAGUUGAAAUUAAAUUGAAAAUCCAUGCCUGUUUUGAAGAAACUGUUGGCACAACACAAGGACCAUCUGAAACAUCAGCAACAGAAGGACAACCAGGAACAUCACCAUUAUUACCUACAACACCUGGAACAUCAGAAUGUACUGAAACAGAUGGUAUGAAAGAUGCACAAAUAAUACCUGAUUCAAGUAUCACUUCACCUACAUCACCUAGUGUUGACGUAACUCAAAUUAGAGAUGGUGGUGCAUCUUUCCCUGCUGGACAGAUCCCAGAAAUUGUAAUAAAUCUGACACCAACAUCUAACAGUGAAGUUGAAAUUGGAAGUGUAACUGUUCCUGUAACAAAUGUUGCUUCAAUUACUGUUACACCAAUUGCUUCUGAUGAUACUGAAAAGACUGGUGAUAGCGUAACUGAAAAUGUUGUUGGAAAUAUAGCUAGUGUUACUUUCCCUAAUGAUGUUCGAGGUGAUAAGGUUAAAAUUACAUUAACUCCAGUAGGGCCUGGUGUUUCAACAACUGCUGCUACAGCACCAUGUACUAAGGUCGCUGGAAUGGAAAACCCACAAUUACUUCCUGCUAGUUAUCUACAGCAACCAGCUGACUCCCCAUCAUCAGAUAAUCCUGAGAACUUAAGACCAACUUCACCAAGUCCUUAUAAGAUUCCUAAUGUACCAAGUGAGGGAGUUAACAUUACAGUCCGCCUGUCACCAGAUGGUAAUCCAGUUCCUCUUAGUGAUGUUGAAGCUAUUAAUACUGAUAAUGUUAAGUCAAUAAAAGUGUUUGUAUAUGAUGAUACUCAAAAGGAUUAUGUACCAAUAGAAGAAGUAACUGGCUCUAAUGUUGUUGGAAAUAUAGCUAGUGUUACUUUCCCUAAUGAUGUUCGAGGUGAUAAGGUUAAAAUUACAUUAACUCCAGUAGGUAAUAAUUUACCAGUUACCACUACUGGUGCAUUAGAAGUUAAAGCCUGUUUUGUAGAAACUACUGGACCUGGUGUUUCAACUACUGUUGGCACUACAGUUGGUCCUGGAACUACAUCAA